AUGAAAUCUGAGGUGAGGCAGCCGGUGGUCUCAGGGCGCCAGGGCAGCACGCACGCGCAGUGGCGGUCGCGCCGCGAGCAGGCGGCGGUGCGGCGCGGCGCUGAGCGGGCGCGGCAGUGUGGGCUCGUCGCCCGCCGCAGCCCCUCCGACCCCGCGAUCACCGUUCGCGACACGCCAAUCGCCACUCGCGCCCUCAUGUCGCUGUUCUUCAAGUUCAGGAGCGGCGUGAGUACCCUCUCACCACCUUCUCCACAGCCAAUCGCAAUUUUAGUUAAUUAUUACAAUUUGUGCGAUUAG